UUAAGAAAUUAAUAGUAACAUGUUGAUUAGGUAGCGGAGUCAAUCAUCGGUUGGUUGGCUUAUGAGUAUUAAAAUUAAAGCUAAGCUUUUAGUCCUCUAUUAAAAUCUGCCAUAUAUAUAUAUAUAUAUUUUUUAAUUUUAUUAUCCAUGCAUAGUUUUGUGAAUUAUAUUAAAUCGUAAUGGAAUCUUUUAUUACAAUAAAAAAAAUUAUAUAAUAAUAUAAAUAUUGAAAAUUUUAAUCUCAAAGUAUCCAUUAAAGAUUGUUAUAUGUACACUACUUUUUUUUUUUUCAAUUUUUUUCCCCUAAAGAAAGUGAACCAUCUCAACAACUUUUAGCAUUGCAUGAGAUGGCGACAAAAGAUUUGGUACAUGUGAGGUAUUUAAGGAAGGCCUUGCUAACAAUGAAUCUAUUACUAAUUAAUUAAAAUUUAGAUAUAUUUUUAAUUUUUAUUAAUUAUUUUUUUUCCUUAAUUUCAUUUUACAUGAAAAAGGAAUUUUUAUAAUAUAUAUAUUAAAUAAAUAAAUAAUAAAAGGGAAAAAAAAAAGGCUCCCUCCCUCUUAUAGCCAACUUUUUCAAGACCAAACUAACAAUUUUCAAAGUAGCCGUUGCACGUCUCCCUUAUUCUAUUUAAAUACUCACCAAAUAAAUCUGCUUUUCCGUCAAGAAACCCGUGUGUCUCCCUAUUUUUAUACGCGCCAAUCUCCGCUCCGUCCUCUGAUUAUAUUAUAUCCCUCCCUCUCCCAAAUACAACAAACACCCCUUUCAUGAACAUAGAAUCAAGAUUCUUCUGCUCCUAUUUGGUUAAUCCCAUGAAUAGUCCUCCUAUGUCACAAACCGCUCCUUCAACCCCAUUAUUAUAUGCAGCUGCUGUUAGCAGUGGUCUCAGCUUUAGCUGCAGCAGCAACACCGCCAGCAGCAGCAGCGAGGUUAGUGAUGAUAGCCCACCAAGAUCCUUCCGUUUUGACCUUCAAGAUGUCGAUUAUCAUCAUUAUCCAAGCAAAUCUUUAUCUGGGCCUUACUCGUAUCGCUCUCUCGCAGUACUCUCUGACCAUGUAGGAUCUGUUUCUUGCUUGGCUUUGUGUGGUGAAUUCGUCUUGAGUGCUUCACAAGGGAAGGAUAUUAUAGUUUGGCAACAGCCUGAUUUGAGGCUCUUCACGAAGUUUGGACAAGGGGAUGGUUCUGUCAAGGCUUUAGUAACAGUUGGGAACAAGGUCUUUACUGCACAUCAAGAUAGCAGGAUUAGAGUAUGGAAGGUGUCAAGAAGCUCAGAGAAUGUGUUUAGGCUUGUGGACGCACUUCCAACCACAAAGGACUAUUUAGGGAAGUUCUUGAAGCAGAGUAAUUAUGUGCAAACUAGGCGGCACCAUAAGAAAUUAUGGAUUGAACAUGCAGAUAGUAUUUCUUGUUUGACAGUUUCCAGUGGGUUUAUUUAUUCUGGUUCUUGGGAUAAGACUCUUAAGGUUUGGCGGAUAUCAGACUUGAAGUGCUUGGAAUCAAUUAAGGCUCAUGACGAUGCUAUAAAUGGAUUGGUGGCUUGUAAAGGGAUUGUUUAUUCAGCAUCAGCAGAUGGGAAGAUAAAAGCUUGGGGGAAAGAGGGAAAGAACUCUCAUUCUUUGAAGGGGAUUUUGGAGGGUCAUAAAGAUAUUUCUUUUAAUUCAGUUAUUGUUUCAGAAGAUGGGAGAUGGGUAUAUGGAGGGGGCUCUGAUGGGUUUGUGAUGGGGUGGGAAGGGAGUGGUGAUUUUAUAAGUUGGAAGUUGGUGUCAGAGACAUUGGCACAUCAAAUGGCAGUUUUGUGUAUGUGCUUAGUGGGGGAGUUUUUGUGCAGUGGAUCAGCUGAUAAGAGCAUUAGUAUAUGGAAGAGAGAAGCUUAUGGUAAGCUCUGUAAAUAUGGGGUCAUAAGUGGCCAUGAAGGGCCAGUCAAGUGUUUGCAAGCAUCACCUAAUAGUGUUGGUGGUGGGUUCUUGCUCUAUAGUGGUGGCCUUGACAAAAGUGUGAGGGUAUGGUGGGUGCCCAAGCAUUCCAACAAGAUGCAAGACACCUCUACAAUGCAGAGUUCAGAGGAAAAAUCCAUCACCAUGUGUUAGUAAGAUUUUCAAGUUUUGAAAGAUGGAGCACUGAUUCCUUUUUUUAUGCGUUUUCAGUGCUUCUAAUUUGUUGUUUUAGUCAGAUUGUGUCAUAGUUAUUGAUUAAGAUCUCAAGUGUGAUGAGCAUAGGCAAAACUGCAGAGUUAAAGAAAAGAGUUGGGUAUUUUUCUUUUUACAGAUUUUGAUCAAUUUCCUUAUGUUGUUUUAGGGUUUAAGACUUGGGUGUAUCAUAUCUUGUAGGGAAAAAGGCUUGAGGUAUACAAUUAAUAGAGUGGUGUGAGUUUUUUUUUCUUUCUUUCUAGUUUUACUUUUUACAUUUCUGAUAAUUGUAAUUAGUGUGUUGAGGAUAUAUAACAAUCAAUGAAAUUUAAUUUUGUA